UCAUCCCAUAACCCUGGACAUUCUUUCGCAUCUGAGAAGCAUGGGACAAUGGAAUCUGAUGCUCCUUUUAUAUCAGAUAAACCCUCUUGUACACUGGUUAUCAAAUAUAAUGAGCGUAGUUUAAAUCAACAAAUAGACAGUAAACUGCUGAUUGAUCUGGAUUCUGAUGAAAAAGACAACCCUGAGUUUCAGGCGGUGACUGAAAUUCAAAGAACAAAAAGGAUGCCUCCCUUCCUCGGCAAUUCAUCCUCUCAUAAGCACGUGAGAAUGGAGUCUGUUGCUCCUUUCAAAUCAGAUAAACCCUUUUGUACAAUGGAUCUGAAAUCGUGGAAUGUAAAUCAACCUCAUGUGCUAGUGAGAUCGAAUUCUCUACUUUCUUUAGAGGAUAAUCAGGCUGAGGAAGGGGAUGACGAAGCAGAUGGCCUAGCAAUGAAUGACGCCAAUGAAGAGGAAAAUGGUGACAGAGAGGAUGGCAUGGCGAUACAUAAGGUUGAUGAAGAAGAAGAUAAAGAGGAUGGAUCCACUAAUCAUGAGGUGGUAGAGAGCAAGGCUAACGAUGAGGCUGACAAUGGGGGAAACGCUGAUCCUAAGGAAGAAAAGGUGGAUUUAAUAUUACAAUUAUUGUUUUAUUUGCUAUUUCUUUUUUAAAAGGGUACAAAUUUAUUAAUCACAAAGAACAAAUACAA